AUGGUGGAUGCCUCACCCGGAACGGUACCCCCCCAGCCGGGAACCCCGGCCACCCCCGCAGGGGGGUGGCGGCGACAACCUCCACCGUGGCGACCCCAGCCUCUUCGCCCGCCUCAGCGCCCAGCCAAGAGAUCCGAGGAGGCCAGGGAGGGUGGGAGGAGAAGAAAAAAGGCAGGGGGGCUGCGAAGGCAGACUGGAGAGCUGCUCCUCCGGCCACUGGGGUGGAGCGCGGCGGGGUCCGGCCAGGAAGGAGCGGGCGGGCGGAGAACCCAGGAGCAGAGGCGGCGCUUCCCUCAAGGAUGCGGCGAGGAGGAAGCAGGGCUCCGCUCGGUGGGGGCCGGCGGGGGGGUGCCGAGCCCAGGCUCCGGGCGGCGGCAGCGCGGUCCUGCGGAAGCCCACCCCACCAUCUCCCGCCUCGCGGUCGGCUGCCCUCAGUCCCCGGCGGCGACCGGGCCGGUCCUUCCGGACGAGCAGAAGCGGGCGAGGGGCCUCAGGGCGGCGGAUUCCUCCAGACACGCUCUGGCCGGGACGGUUCCAGAAGAGGGAGGAGGGGGCGGCGGGACGCGUGUGAGGCAGGGGCAGGCGAACCGACCGCCCCCAGCCGGGCCGGAGAAGAGCGACGCGCCCCAGGGGCAGGGUCACGAGAAGCGUCGGGAAAGCAAGGGAGCGGCCGCGGGUCCCCCAGCAGCCUGCGCCCAGCAGCAGCUCGGCGGGUCAGCUCCUCACGCCCGCCAGAGGGGAGCCGCGAGGGGGGCGGCGGAAGCGCUCACGCCGCCCGCUCCUUCCGCCGCCGCCGCCGCUGCCCGAACCGGGGGCGCCCGCGGGAGAAGGAGGCGAAGUAGUCCCUGGCGAUUUCCCCGCACCGCCAGCUUCCCGGAGAACCAGAGUGGGUGGGAAAUUCUGAAGAAGGGAGGUCCUUCAGCCAUACUACUUCCUGGAACAUCUCACCACCCCACUCUGGAACGUGGCACAUAUGGGGCCUGUGAUGAGGAAACUGUUGGGGUGGUUGAAGAACUUGAUGAAGUCAUUGUGAUUCCUGAUCAAAUCAUCUUACUGUUGCAUUAGGUUAUUUUGUAAAAUAUAGAGAAAUCCUCAAUAAUCAUAAAGGUAAUCUGGAAUCAUCAAAUAGCAUUUAAAGUUUAGCAUACUUUGUUUAAGUAUAUAGAAAAAUCUAUAGUAUUUUACAAAAAUGUCUAUUUAUAGUGAUUAAAUUAAACUAUCAAUGUUUGAGUACCUGAAGGGGUAAGUUUUUGUUAUAUCAAAAACUCACUUAUGUGCAAUCUUCAUUUAGCAGGAAGUGAGAUGAAAAAGGAAUAUACACAGACAGAUGCACAGACACACACAUGUAUUUUUUAAAUGGACUUUUCAUCCUCUAUAAAUUACCAUUUCCUAUAUUUACAUAUUUCUUAUGUGGUGUGGGCUCUUUAUUAUUUAUGUGAUUUACAAACCUUUCUUCCAUGCUCACAAUGGCCCAGGAAAGGAAGGGAGGGAGACAGUAGCAGUCAAUUAAACCUAGAGAGAGACUUUUAGCAAAUAGAUAGUAUAGACCCAAAUUGGAAUUGUGCUAAGACAUUGAAGCUAACUUCAUAAAAAGUGGUUUAAGGAUCUUGGCUUGUGGUAAAGUUCUGCUUGGAAAGAUAUAUGGUGGUACUAUUACAAUUGAUUGUAUACUUUAUGCCUCUUCAACUUCUAACCUUGUACUUUAUCUGCUUAAUUCUGCAAUCCUAGGAUCAGAUAUUUGGCUGAUAUAAAUCAGUAGAAAAAGUAAUUCUAUGUGCUCCUUGCCAUCAACAUACAACUCCAAAGAUGUAUGGACAGACUGAAGAAGAUUCUCUUGUUUUCAGAUAUUUUUGGGGUAUUGUAACCCCUGCAAGGAUGGAAGGUGCAGUUAUUUUGCAACUACCCUGUAUUACCUUAUCCACUGAUUAUAUUAUGGAAAAAAAUAUGUUUUGUAUAGCUGUGUUGCUGUUGGACUUUGACCUUCUAGCAUUUGCUUUUUUUCCCCAUAAGACAUUCUAAUGUAGAGAAUCAUUUAUGAACUUUACUCCUUUG